ACUGCUUACAGCUGUUUACAGCCUCAGCUGACAGAUGAAACCUGCCUUCUUGAAUUUUACCUUACAUUUACAUUUACAUUUAGGGCAUUUAGCAGACACUUUUGUCCAAAGCGACUUACAAUAAGUACUUUUGUCACAAGAGAGAAGAGAGACAAGUUACAACGUGCCUUUAGUGACUUUUUAAACUAGGAUCGAGAUCAAGUUGUAUCCUGAAGCUCCACUUGUGGACAAGUCCCACCUCCAGGAAACAUACCGGAGCUUCGAGUUUCAGUAGAGAGAAAGCAAGCAGGAAACCCUGCUGCCACACCGAGACAACUAUCUGGAUUAAAUGACAGGCAGAGAGAGAGGCUGACGGUCCGUGUUGUGAACCAUGACAUCAUGGCUGUUUUCAAGUUCAAGGUCACUGUCCCAGCUCUGUGCCAUGAGGCCCUUCACCCUCCUCCUGCUUCCCUUCCUCAUGGGUGUGUGUGAUGUUGAAGGCUCCUCAGAUUUUAGAGUCUGUGCUUUCAACGUCCAAAGCUUUGGGGAUUCCAAGUCCCAGAAGAGCAAUGUCAUGCUUACUCUUACCAGGAUUAUCGCUCGCUGUGAUGUAAGUUUACUUCAGGAAGUGAGAGACAGUCAACAAAGAGCUUUACCACGGCUGCUUGAACGCCUUAACAGGUAUGACACAGAGCAUGUGUAUGACGCUGUGGCCAGUGAGAGACUGGGCAGGUCUGAAUCAUACCAGGAGCAGUAUGUAUUUGUUUACAGGACAGGUACAGUCAAAGUCACUGGACAGUAUCAGUACCCAGAUGAUCAACCCGGAGAUGUUGAUGCUUUCUCCAGGGAGCCUUUUGUUGUCCGCUUCAAAGCCCCCAAGACAGCUAUAAAAGAGUUUGUCCUCAUACCUCAGCACACCACUCCGACCAACACAACUAAGGAACUUGAUGCAUUGUAUGACGUAUUGCAACAUGUGAAAAAGAUGUGGAAAACUGAGGAUGUGAUGCUUCUGGGAGACUUCAACGCUGACUGUGGCUACCUUGCUCAGAAGAACAGGAAGAACGUUCGCUUGAUUACAGAAAGGAGCCUCUUGUGGCUGAUUCCAGAUAAGGUUGACACAACUGUGCGAUCCUCCACAUCCUGCACCUAUGACAGGAUCGUUGUACAUGGGGAAAGGUUUGCCAGAGCAGUUGUGCCCUAUUCAGCCAAACCAUUUAACUUCCAAAUGGAAUACCAACUCACAGAGGAGCAGGCGCUUGAGGUUAGUGACCAUUACCCGGUGGAGGUCCUGCUGAAGGGUGACACAAACAAAAACCUCUUCAGUGGUGGCACAAAGGAGACAUCUCAUUCAAAGUUCCUUUCUUUGAUUGUUCUCAGCCAUAUAUUCUUCCAAAUGUUAACAUGGUGGCUUUAAAGUGAACUGAUUAGAAUUUUUACCAUCUCAGUAUGUGGACAAUCUCAGGACAGCUUACUUCAUGAGAACUAAUGAGAAUGUAUAACAUGUAUAAAAAUAUGUGAAACUAAUAUAUACAACAUGUGGAGUCCAACUUGCCAAAUAUCACUGAUGACACAUUCUUUGAUGUUGGUUCAGAAAACUACCUACAAUUCUGUGAGUCCCUAUGUUGCACAAGAAUGUAUCUACUUUUGUAUCUGUGGGGUAAACCUCAAUACAAUACAUAAAUGCUUAAUUGUAUUUUUUAACAACAGCACAGCAAUCCAAAGAGGGCCUGCAAACCAGCUGUCAUGACUGGCUCACAAGGUCACAACAAACAUUUGAGACAACAUCAUGUUUACUUUGAUUGAAUACUUUAUAAAAUCAAAUUUUAAUCAGAUUAAAUCAAACAAAUUAAUGUGUACAGAAUAGGAUGUGUAAAUCCAUAAAGUCAGUUGUGUAAGAUGUGCAUGAAUGGAAAAUGUGCGUGCAGGUGUUGUCAGCAGUGAAACAAAAGACAAAAUUUAAAACAUUAGUGAAAUCAAGCAGCCUGCAAGGAGAAUCACAGAUCUCAUGUAACCUGACCCAGGGACACAAAAGUUGGCUGUAACGUGGCUAAACCUCUGUUCAAACGGGUUGAUAUGCCUUAUGAUCAAAAACCACUCAUUGACGGGACAUGCACUAUAUCAUUUCAUAGUCGAUAGCCAUCUGGGGUUUCACUACAUAGCUUGUGAUAUAGUAUUAUGAUAUGUCAUAUAUAAAAUAAAAUAUGACCUACAGUUUCUGUGCUGAGAGACUAAUAUCAAAUAUAUAACCAGUGUAAAAAUACUGUAACGCCCCUUGUGGCCUGUAGCGCAGUGACUUGUGGGUAUUCUGUUGGUGUUGUAAUAACAGUUUGUGAACAUAUUUGUAAAUAAGGUGAUGUGUAAAAUGGUUGCAACAGUGUGUUAAUUCAUGUCCUUUGUUCCUUGGAUAAAUUAUGUUGAGUUAGCGAAGGUGAUAAAAAUGUUGGCACUGUGAGUGAAGGGGUGUUUGCCAGGAGAGACUUCCUGUCUGUUAACUUGCAAGGUUGUUGAAAAUAAAUGGUAAAUAUAUUGAUCUUA